UAGCGCGCGCCGGAAGCGGCAGCGCCGGGGCAAGAUGGCGGCGCUGGUGCGGCUGGGGCUGGCCGGGGCGAGCCGGCUGCUCGUGACUGCUCCCCAGGUGAGCGCAGUUGCAGCAAGGUGUGCAUCCAAGAAAUCCGGGACCAGCCCAAAAAACAAGGGUGGUCACAGAGUUGGGAAGCGGUAUGGAUGGAAGAAACUUGAUGGUGUCUUUGUUCACGCGGGGAAUAUCUUGGCCACGCAGAAGUUGAUUCGCUGGCAUCCAGGGGCUCAGGUGGGAAUAGGCCAUAACAAUACUCUGUAUGCUCUGGAGGACGGGAUCGUGCGAUACACCAAGGAGGUCUAUGUGCCACCCCCACGCAGCCGUGAGACCAAGCAGGUGAUCCGUCGCCUACCCAGGGGGGCCAUUCUUUACAAAACCUUCAUCAACGUCAUCCCUACUGAAGAAGUAGGCAGCUUCAAGCUAGUCACCAUGCUAUGAGACUGCUGCCUUGCAUUGCUGCUGGGGACAGAGCACUGUGGCAAAGCUGGUGCCCAGUCCUGGAUGUCUGGAGUCUUAGGAAAGGAUUGCUCUAGACUUGAAGAGACUUACAGGAGACUUCACUUCUUUGAUUCAGGACUGUUCUGGGUGCAGGUCUGAGCUAGAAGGUAAUGGGGUGCCUGAUGAUGCUUGUUGGAAUAUAUCUAAUAAACAUGAUGGAUUUUCUAA